CGCUUUGCAAAACGAAAAUGUAAACGAGGAGCCUGGAAACGAGUUUGCACGAAAGCGAGGUCGGUCAGCCCUUGUUUGGGACUGCGGCGGCUUUUCCCUGGAAGGAAGCUCGCGUUUUGAUAUAAAAUGAGCUCUGAUUCAAACAAUCCAAAGCUUUUAGAAACAGAUAUCCCCGGAUCGUCACUUGGUGGAAGAGCUCCAGCUAAUCUGAAAGUAGAGGAACUCAAAUUCUGGCUAAAAUGUAGAGGAGAUCCCGCUAAAGGUCUGAAGACGAAAGCCCAGCUUGUCAAACGGGUGGAAGAGUACAUCAAAGCAGGAAAAGACAAAAAUAUUGUAGAUCCGGACGAAAAYAAAGUGUAUACGAAACGUAAACAAAGACAGRACAAGUUGAAUUCGAUUCAAACUCCAUCUCAACACAGCCCUAAGAAAGCCAAGUUUCCAGAUGAUGGUUGGUCAUCUAGUUUAAAGCGGAUGCCACCUUUUAACCGUGCAGAAAUGGAUGCACAUAUUACAAAAUCUGGCAAAAUUAUCGAUCCUCAAAGUAAAGGGCAUUCUCUUCCAACUGGGCUUACAAAAGCGAAAACKUUUUUGGCGGACGAGUAUCUGAAAGAGAUAAAGGCUGCAAGCGACAAUGGGUACUUUUAUUUUAAAUCGCUAUGUCAUCAUAGCUUUAGAAAAAAUGAACCUCCACACAAAUUGAAAAUAGCUCUUGAUCUUAUAACCGCUGAAGUCAUAGAAGCAUGUUGCACUUGUGUAGCUGGCAAAGUGGGACUUUGUAAUCAUGUUUUAGCUCUGAUGCUAAAGCUUUGUAAAUUUUCAUUAUAUGCAUGCAAUGAUAUUAAGGAUCUGGACUCAGAGGAUGAUGUGRAUCCUCAUGUUGCCUGCACCUCCAAUCUUCAAGUAUGGCACAAAACGGGACGAGGUGAUAAGAUAACACCAAAGCCAAUCAUGGAAGUCAUGGUUAAGAAACCCAAAUUAGAUGAUUCCACAGCAAAUAGACCAGGGUUGAAAUGUCUUUUAUAUGAGGCCCGAAGUAACCUAAAAUCUCAGUUGAAAGACGAAAAGAAUUUAAAAGCUGACCUGAUGGCCAUUAACCCUAACAUGCCUUUAGCUCAAAUCCUGGAU